AUGGACGGUAACCGCCGCUACGCCCGCCAGCUCGGGAUGAAUAUAGAGCAGGGUCACCAUGACGGGCUGACUAAGCUUUUUGAGGUGAGCAAAUGCAACUUUCCGCAUCAUUAUAUACAGGUGAUUGAGGUGUGCCACCUGCUCGGCGUGCGUGUGGUGACUGUGUACGCGUUUUCCCUCCAGAACUUCAGGAGGAGCGCCGAGGAGAUCCGCCAUUUGAUAUCGCUGGCUGUCAACUCAGUGGACGAAGGCGGCGCCAUCAGGGACUUCGCGUUGCGGGACUCCUGCCGUAUUCGCUUCUGCGGUGACCUCAACCUUGUGAGUGAGGAGCUUCGGCAACUGUUGGCCGAGGUGGAGGCCGACACGGCACAUUUUGAGAGGUAUUUGCUCAGUUACGCGCUCUGGCUAAACAUCUGUUGCAGGAUUACCUUGAACAUCUGCAUGUGCUAUGGGGGGCGUAGUGACAUUAACUCAGCGCUUAAGAAGUCGGCCAUCUGCGAACGUGAAGGGUACAAGUUUAGCCACGUGAUAUCCAUUCAGAGUUUUGCACUAUGCAUGAACAUGUUGUAUACAUUUUGGUUUGUAUGUACCGCCUGUAGUUCCACUUGUCACGGUAUUUUGUUUAUAUUUCGAAUACAAGCCAAGUUCUUAAUGGACGCCUACCUUUUAGUUUCAUUGCUAUGCGUUUCGUGCUGCAUUAGCAUUACUAAACACUACCCUUUGCAUUAUUUUCACCUGGCAGCGGGCGACGCGCCCCCGCCACAGGUCCUAAUUCGCACUUCUGGCGUUACUCGACUGUCGGACUUCCUUAUUUACCAGUGCUCUGAGUACACUACUUUCUACUUUUACAAGGAGACGUGGCCCAAUAUUUGCAUGUGGAGCGUCGUUGGCGCAUUCAUUCACAAGACGCUAUUCGACUCUUACAAUCGAUCUACACGCAGUUUCACGUUCUUCCCGGCUGAACGUUGA